AUGACCGUCGGAAAGUAUCACAUUGUUAACCCUAACGAGGGUCACCCUUUGCCCGAUUCACAUAAAAUAACCGUCCGGGUGACAUCGGCUUAUGGGAAUAGCUAUCACUACUCAGAUCAUGUUACAGAGGGGCAUUUUGCAUUUCAAGCAACGGAGGCAGGUGAUUACAUGGCUUGCUUUUUUGCAGGUGAUCACAAAUCUUCCACUACUAUUACCGUUGACUUUGAUUGGAAGUCUGGUGUUGCUGCCAAGGAUUGGACGAAUGUUGCCAAGAAAGGUUCUGUUGAAGUUAUGGAAUUAGAGCUGAAAAAAAUGUUUGAUACAGUGCAAUCUAUCCGUGACGAGAUGUUUUAUCUACGUGAAAGGGAGGAAGAAAUGCGGAAACUUAACAGGUCCACAAAUAGCAAAAUGGGGUGGUUGAGUUUUUUGUCGUUUUUUAUUUGCUUGUCUGUGGCUGGCAUGCAGGUAUGGCAUUUGAAGUCGUUCUUCGAAAAGAAGAAGCUUAUUUAA